AUGUAUUCUGAAUCGAUUACAUUACAAUCACAGCCUGAAGAAAAAGAUGAAAUAAGAUUAAUAAAGGGAAAGUUGAAAAAAAAACGUUGGUAUGAAUUUGAAACAAAAAUACUUUGGAACAAUGCUAUUUUUAUUAUAAUUAUCCAUGUGCUAGGACUGUAUUACACCAUUACCUUUCCGUAUUUAGAUCAUAAAAUUUUAACUGUAUGGGGAAUUGUCGUUGGAUUUAUGUCAGGAAUAGGAGUAACCGGUGGAGUGCAUCGAUUAUGGACUCAUCGAGCAUACAAAGCUAACGUUCCACUUAGAAUUAUUUUAGCCAUUUUAUACUACACUGCUGGACAGAACAGAAUUUAUAAUUGGGUCAGAGAUCACAGGGUCCAUCACAAAUAUACAGACACGCCUGCUGAUCCUCAUGAUACAAAUCGCGGCUUCUGGUUUAGUCACGUCGGGUGGCUGAUGAUGAAGAAACGUCCAGAAGUACGAAAAUGUGGAAAAGAAAUUGACAUGAGUGACAUUAUCAAUGAUCCAGUCGUCCAAUUUUUUGACGGGAAUUAUCUGUUACUCAACACACUAUUUACUUUUGUGGUUCCAACUCUUAUACCUUAUUAUUUCUUCGAUCAAAGCUUAAAAUGGUCGUUCAUAUCGCAAGGAUUAAUCCGUUAUCCCAUGGUUUUAAAUGCCACUUGGGCCGUCAACAGUUUUGCUCACAUGUUUGGUUAUCAUACUUAUGACAAAUCUAUCACACCGGCGGAAAAUAUGUGGGUGAGCUUUGUUGCUGGCGGAGAAGGGAGCCAUUCUUUUCACCAUGUCUUCCCGUGGGACUAUAAAGCUUCUGAAUUCAAAAGUGUUUUCUUCAAUGCAACAACCUGUUGGAUUGACAUGUUCGCCCAAAUUGGUUGGGCAUAUGAUUUACGAACUGUAUCUCCGGAACACAUAAAACGCACAGUUCAAAGAAGAGGAGACGAAAUUGUGGAAAAUAAAAAGGAAUUAACAAAAAAGCGUUGGUAUGAAUUUGAAACAGAAGUGGUUUGGAGCAAUGUGAUAAUUAUAACAUUUUUACAUGUUAUGGCUUUGUAUUACUUGUUUGCUUAUCCGUAUUGGAAGUAUAAAAUUUUAACAGUUUGGGGGAUUGUUGUGGGAACGAUGGGAGGAAUUGGAGUAACGGGUGGUGCUCAUCGGCUGUGGACUCAUCGGGCUUACAAAGCGAAAACACCACUAAGAAUUAUUCUGGCCAUCCUGUUUUAUACUGCUGGGCAGAAUAAAAUAUUUGACUGGGUUAGAGAUCACCGAGUUCACCACAAGUUUACAGAAACUCCUGCAGACCCUCAUGACAGUAAACGUGGUUUCUGGUUCAGCCAUGUCGGCUGGCUCAUGUUAAAGAAACGGCCAGAAGUUAUUGAAAAAGGAAAUCUAAUUGAUAUGAGCGACAUUCUCAAUGAUCCAGUUGUUCAGUUCUUCGACAGACAUCACAUGAAACUGAAGCUACUUUUCAACAUGAUAAUCCCGGUCUUUAUACCAAUUUACUUCUUCAAUCAAAGUUUCAAAUGGUCAUUCAUUACUCAAGUAUUUAUACGGUAUCCAUGGAGCUUGAAUUUCACUUGGUCUCAUGUCUUCCCGUGGGAUUACAAGGCAGCCGAGUUCAAAAGUGUAUUAUUCAAUACGACGACCUGUUGGAUUGAUUUAUUUGCGAAAAUAGGAUGGGCAUACGAUUUGCGAACUGUAUCUCCAGAACACAUAAAGCGCGUUGUUGAAAGAAAAGGCGACGGAACACAUCCGAAAUAUUCAUGUUUAUCAAAAAACUAG